AUGACAGCCAUUCAACCAGCCGAUGUCUACACCUAUAGCGCUCUCGCCCACUCCAACUCCACCAGGCUGCUUCAACUGCAGCCUUCCAACAAUUCGGAUGCCACGUUGGUGGGCAAACUGAGCGAAGUUCGUCUAGCUGAUAAACCCGAAUUCGAGGCUUUAUCCUACGCCUGGGGACAGGAUGAAAGCCAGCCACGCUUCCUCAGGCUGGACAACUCCAGCCUCCCCAUCUCGGAAAACCUUGCCGCCGCUCUCCACGUCUUCAGACUAACAGAUAAACCACGGAAUCUAUGGAUAGACGCUAUCUCAAUCAAUCAAAAGGACAACAACGAGCGCUCUAGCCAGGUCGCUCAAAUGGCAGCCAUCUACAAAACCGCAACUGUGGUUCUCGUGUGGCUGGGGGAGAGCACUGCUGGCACUGAAGCGGCGCUGCAAUUCUUACGAGACGUGGCUGCUAACGACCACGGACUGGACUUGAGCGCUGGUUCUGCAGGGCCAGGGUGGUUUCAAUUUUCGGGAAGGACUUUGAAAGGAAGCCACGAAGAAGUCAUGCAGAUCGUUCAGUCAACGGCCAAGCCAAGACUCGACGAUAUAUUCGGAAGAGCAUGGUUUACCAGACUAUGGAUCAUUCAAGAGAUUGCCCUGGCGAAAUCAGCAGCGCU